UCGUGGCGGGAGACCGAGCACCUGGCUAGUCGUCAAACGUCAACGAUGUGGAGUCUGCGGUCGGUGUUGACGAUAUUUAUUGUUGCUGUCAUCGCAUUCCUCAUGCCGCACGACGAUGUCAUUAUUUCAUUAAAGAAGGUGUUUGACAGUAGAUAUUGUCAGUGGAUUGACAAGGAUGGAGAAACAAAUAAGAAACCUGGCUAUGAUCUGGCAGUGGGGAUCCUUUCGUCAAGGGAUCACUUUGAUGCCCGUGCAGCAAUCCGAGAAACAUGGCUGAAGGAACUCCAUGGAAAUGGAAGGGGGCGUGGUUGGUUUGUGGUUGGAGACACAGACUGUGACCUUCACCCAGACAGCAGAGAAGACCAGUACUGCUGUAAGGAGUGGGAAGUGUCUGUACCAGUGAAAAGUGAAGAUGUCCAGGUUGUUACUACAGAAAAGGUGACUGUUAGUGAACAUCACUUUGGAAAGGACAGAAAACCUGUUCAGGUUUUACACUUCAAGGUGAUGAACCCUGUGGUAGUCAGUAGGAUUGGACUGUUAGAGAGAGCCUUACUAAACACCUCGGCUAUCCAGGUGUCAUUGUUUGACCGUUCUACAGAUGAGGCAUUGACUACAGCCACAUUUAGUGGGACAGAUCCGGGGAUACCUAGGGGGCAGUUCCUUUUCCAGCCAGUAGAUGCUGUCAAGCUACCCAAAGGAUUUGAGGGCUACCUGAAUGUGGAUUUGGAUACUGACCAAGUUGUUGACCUGAAUGACAAGCUGCCAUCUCUGACCUUUACUACCAUUGUCAGCAAUUUGACUGGUGUACUCAAGCUACAGGAGCUGUCCAGUAGCAGUGUGGAAUUAUGGAGAGGACACACACAGCAACCUGUCCACCUCAUGUCCAUGGUGCUUGCUGUCGAAGGUAUGGACGUGUUAAGACAGCAAGUCUCCACACGGCAAAAAAUGGACAGGUUUUGGAAGAAGAAGCGUGCAACAAUAGAUUCUAAACUUAGACAGGAGGCAGAGAAAUAUGGUGACCUAUUGUUUGUUAAUGUUACAGAUGUCUACAGAAAUCUACCAACUAAACUUUUACUGUUUCACCAAUGGCUUUACAACCAUAUCAAUGCCAAUAAUGUUUUGAAGACAGAUGACGACUGUUUUGUCAAUAUCGGGAGUGUGAUGUCCGCUCUAAGUCAGAUUAAUAUAAAGGAUGGAGACAUCUGGUGGGGCAGUUUCCGAGACCAAUGGUUGGUGGAACAAUGGGGGAAGUGGUCGGAGCUGACCUACACUGCGGAUGUGUACCCAAGGUUUGCCUGUGGAGCUGGAAAUAUAGUGUCCAGGGACAUUCACACCUGGCUAGGACGAAAUGGAAAUUACCUGAAAACAUACCAGGGAGAAGAUGUGUCAAUGGGAAUAUGGAUGUCAGCAGUCAAACUUACUUUUAUAAAGGAUGACCGUUGGAAAUGUGACAAGAACUGUUCGCCCGAUUCUCUGGCAAUACCAGAACUUUCCCCACAGGAAGUGAGGACCAUGUGGACUAACAAGGAGACAUGUGCUGACCUCUGUGGAUGUGGAGGGUAGAUAACUCUUACAAUAUAAUGAUUGUCUACCAUUCAGUCAGGUACACCUUGGACCAUGUGACAUUGUGACAAACACUCGAGAUCGUGGAAUUGUGAUGUUGACAUUUGGUCAGUUAUACAUGGCCGUUAACAGUAAACCAGUUAUAAGGAUGGUGAUCUCGGGACAUGUAACAUGACCAAGGCUACAUCAGAGUAAGAAAUCAUUAAGAUGGCUCAGCAGGAUGAAGUUCUUAAAUGUUGAGUAUGCCACAGUGUAAUGCAGAGAAAUGUUAACUGAGCUGUGAUAAAUUGAAUUCCAGUUCAAGUUAUUUGGGAAUAACAGUUUUCACAAUUAUUCCACUUUGCUGUAUGACAACUAGCUGAUGAUUGGUUCAUUUUUUGACAGGUAUAUCUUACUGAAAGUCUUACUUAUUCAGUCUAUAGCUGUGAUCAAAGUUUUUAGGACCUGAAGACAGUUAUGAUGGAAUAUCGCCUCAAUCAAUAAAUGCCAAGUCAGUUUGGAUUUACUAAUUAAUGGUGUUUUUAUUCAUUUCAGAUAGCAGGCCAAGUGUUGUUAUUUUUUGGAUUAUAUUUUCCCAUUUAGAAAUCUUUUAUCAACUACAGCCUUUAUUGUAAAAGCCUAUUAACCACUACUUUGGUGCAAUUGAACAGAAGUAACUUGAUCAAUUGUUAGUAUGUGCCAUGGCUAACCUUCGGCCUUGCUGUUGACAUGUAAUCUGGCUGUUUGUUAAUUAGUUUGGCCAAAUGUGUGAAGAGUGCAUGUUUCACAAAAUAACCAUGCCGUUAUGGUCACAAGUGUCUAUAUCACACAACACGGACAUUUGUUUGACCUGAUUUGACUUUAUAAAUUCUUGGUGACCAUAAUGGUACAACUGUUUUGUGAAAAUGUGAUGCACAUGAGCUUAUUGUAAUUUCCUGAAACACACAUUGACCAUUGCAUGGUAACCGAUUAAUUAUGCAUUCAUUUUCACAUUACAAAAAGGAAAUGUCAUCAAAUUUGAUAACGAUACAUUUUUAUACCAAAUUCCUUGAGGCCAGAGGAAAUCAAUACAAAAUGACAAACUACACUGCUGUGUUGUUCAUAUUGUGAAGAGAACUAUAUUGUCCACUAUACACUGGAGAUACAUUGAUAAUAGUGUAUACAUGAUAUAGUAUGAUCCGGAUUUUUUCCUGAUAAGAUUGGUAAAUGUUUGAUAGAGAGACAGCUCUAUCAAGAAAUGUAUGUAAGUAAAUACAUGUCUGUACAGUCAUCUGUAGUACAUUGUUUUCAGAACUCAAUACAGUAAUACAAACAACGUAUUGUAUAUUUAUGACUUUAUUAAAGGCAAUAUAGCCUGCUUUAAGGUGCAAAAGAUUUCAAACUGCAUAGUAUCACUGUGAUUAAAUAAGAAAUAGUUUAGCCAUGUUACAACAUUGGGACCUCGAUUAUAAUAGUCACCUUCUGAUAAAUGCAUAUUUAACAUAGGUAAACAAAUUCUAAAGAAAAUAAACUCUGUUACUGAAUAACAACAAAAUAAACAAUGCUACCUAUAUAUUUACCAAAUAAUACAUAGCAAAUCAGAACUUAAUAUACUCUAACUUGUCGUUAAGGAAAAUAUAACUUGUUGGUUAAUAAAAAUUUAUAAUUUGCUGUUAAGUAAAUUUUAUUACUUAUUGGUAAGUUAAAUUUACAAACACCUUGUCAGUAUUGUUAGUAAACUUGGGAAUAUCUUAUAUAGUGUAAUGUUCUAAUGGUGCUUCCCGAAGACUUCCUCGGACAUUUUCACAUGAGUUAUAAUAACAGACUCCAUGGUCCAGUUGUUCAAAAGGUGAUUAGGCUAAUCACAGUUUAACAACAAUUUUAAAAUCACGAUUAAAUCGUUUCUUGUAAAACUAAUUUGACAAAAUUUUAUGAAACUAUAGCAAUCAUCAGUCUCUUCCUGCCUGCCUAUUUUAAGGAAUAUACAUACACAGAUUUUUAAGUAAAGGAGAAAUGAGAUUUUCACUAAUCAAGUGAUUAAGCUAAUCACUUUUCAAACAACUGGGCCAUGGAUCAUAUAUUUUUAUGACUUAAUAUCUUAACAAGUUGUCAAUCAAUGGAAUACCAAAUUACUGGACUUUUGGAAAAUCUGGGACUUUGAGUUACAUAUACAUAUACUAUCAACAUAAAACAUUGUAAAAUAAACAAGCAAUAAAACAAUUCAACCUUUCCUCCAAUGAAAAGGUAACCAGUGUAUUUCAAACAAAUAUGGCAGCUGUUCACCGAAGCUCAAUAUUAUAAACACAUCUAGCAUGACUAUAAAUGAAAAAAAAAA